AUGGCGUGUACAUUUUUGUGCGUUGGCGAAAAAAGUGUGACUAACGAAUUGCGCAAUUGUUUGCAGCUAGAAAUCUGGAGAAAAAAGAAAGACACCCGUCGGCACAGUCACUUCAAAGGUCUAAAAGUGAUCAACUUCAGAUUCACCAACAAGGUACUGCAAAACGAGCUGGAUGAGGCAGUCCUCAACCUGCACAUCCAGGACUUGGAGACGAGGAACACCACCAUCGACCCUGACGAACCGUUCACCAUAACCUUGCAAGUCAGCAGGGUGACAAGGAACAACCAGGGGAGCAAAGCAUCCGUGCCUUACACCGACAACUCGGUCAAGAUGACGAGAAGAGAGUUGAGAACGGGAAAGUGGUUGAAGGUUAACAUAACCACCAUGGUUGCUGAGUUCUGCAGACUGCCAAGGGAGAAUUUAGCCAUAGUUGUGAGAGUACAAGACUCGAAGAAUAGAAUGAGUUUGGUUGUGCCGCAUCCGAGCUCAGAAUCAAAUAAUGCUUUGAUGCCAUACAUAGAAGUAAGUCUAAGAGACAAUUCGCACAAACGCACUCGCCGUACAAUCGGCAUGGAUUGCACCGAGAACUCCAAGGAGGCCCGAUGUUGUCGGUACCCCCUCGUCGUGAACUUCGAAGAGUUCGGAUGGGACUGGAUCAUCGCUCCCAAAGUCUAUGACGCCAACUACUGCAGUGGGGAAUGCCCUUACAGUUUCCUUCAAAAAUACCCCCAUACUCAUCUUGUUCAUCUAGCUGCUCCCCAAGGAAGUGGGGGCCCUUGCUGUGCCCCCAGAAAGAUGAGUAGCAUCACCAUGCUGUAUUUCGACCAUGACUACAAUAUUAUUUACGGGACUAUCCCCGGAAUGGUAGUCGAAAGCUGUGGAUGCUCAUAGCAACGUUUUAGUAUAGUGUGGCUCCAAGCAUUGUCAAACGUUCGAGAUUUUUUUUUAAUGAUUUAUCUUGCUCCAUGUUUUGUUGUGCCUACUCUUGAAAGAAUCUCCCACCUAGUUGCCUAAUUUUGAACAUUGUUUUAUCUAAGUUUUGAUAACAUUUAAUUCAUGAGUUUAUAGUCAUUCAUUGAUUUACGUCAAUCGUGACUUAGAACGAACUUAACCCGUCAAUGCGCGCGGUUUAGAAAAUGUUUUAUUUUUGUAAUUUUUCUUGAUGUAUUUUUUGCCAUUUUUAAUAGCUUGUUUAAAUGUGUGAUGUUCUUUUUAAUUGCAAUAAAUGCUUGGAGCCUUUAGUGUGGAGUCUAUAGCUAUGUGAUAUUCGGUUGAAGACUGCAAACCUUUUUGUGUUGUGUGUCGUGAGUGUGAAAUAUGUACAUUUUUAUUUUACGUUUGUACCUACGUCUAGUAUAAAUUACUCAACCUGUAACGUCUGGUUCAAACGAGGCUAGCGAAUAUCUUAACUGGUUAUUAUUAAACUUACCAGUUGAUAACAUAACUUUUAGAGAUUGUUACUGUACCUACAGAGUACAGAGUAGCAGCAUUAAUAGCGAUAAUACAGUCUCUCAGUUUUUAUUUAUUUUCUUUGCUUGAUUAAUUUCUUUAUAAUAUAAACUGAGAAGAGAGCCGUCUAGAAGUUUUCGGUCUAGCCUCCUUGGAAUCAUAUAGGUAAAUACUUAUAACUUCACUUGUAAGUACGUUUCACCCAUUUCGAUUGAAAUGUCCAUCAUCAUACGACAUUACAAUUUUAUUUACUAAACAACAUAGUGUUAGAUAGGUACCUAUAGACUCAGUUAUCUACAACGCUUGUCGCUAUUUUCAAUUAACUUCUAAAACUGGUGAUUAUCAAUUUAAUUAAUUAUUUUAAAUCAAUAAUUGCUAUUUUUUCCAACCAAGUGACCCCUGACUUUUUUUAUUGGACAAAGAUAAUAGUGUAAAGGUUCGAGCGAUAAUACAUUUUUAUCGUUUUAUUUUUUUUAUGUAGCAACGAGUUAUCAAGUAAUUCUUUGACUUGCGUCUCAAAAUGGCAUUUAUUUUUUUCUAUUUUAAGUCUUAUUUAGACUUGUUCAGUAUCGCAUUUAAUAGUACACGGGCUAAGAUACAGAUGAUAACAAUGCAUUUAAUUCUAGGAAUGCACUUUAGGUAUUUGGUGAAUUCACGAUAAUGACGUACAGAAUUCUCUUCAGAACAUGUGUGACCCAAUUUAAUGAUCUUAAUGAACUCUGAAAAUGUCAAGGAAAUGAUUAAAAAAGAUGCUUUUAAUUUAAUAUUAUUCUGAUUAAGAAUACCUACUGUCGGUUCUGUUUUAUUUUUAUCUACUUAAUAUAAGUUGCCCGUGGAAUGCAUUUCUGUCUUGUCUUCACGUAUUUUUCAUAUUAGCGUAGUCAUGCUCCAUUUUACCAUCAAAAUUUAACUAUAAGUAGGUAGCUCUAUGUAAUUCGAUGUAAUGUCAUACGUACUUUUGGAAUUUCUCUUUUGAUAUUGUUUGGAUCUCGAUCAAAAUUAUAUUUUUAUAAUAAAAAUUUCAUAGUUUCUUUUAAGAUUCUAGCGGGUGGUGCUUAAACGAUAGUUGCUUUAUUUAUAAAACAUACUAAAUAUUAUUGUAUCAGUACCUACCCUUGUAAUAUGACGUAUUAUUUUGGCGUGAUCAAAUUUUUUAGAUAUUUUUUUCGUAAUGUAAGUUUUUUUUAGAAAAAUUAUAACGGGCGUAGAAUUUUCAAAAAUUAGAUCUCAUUUUAAGGCAACAGUUCUAUUGAGUGCCUUUAUAAAGAUCUCCCAAAACGUUUGGAUAAUAACAAAAUAAAGAAAAUAAAAUGUUUUUUAUAAACAUUGUAGGGUUAAGAAUUUUGUGUUAGAAUCUAUUCGACGUAACUUGUUUAUUGUCAAAAACACUAACAUUUUCAUGUUGAUAAGUUUUUAUAAAAUAAAUUUUCAAUUCUUUACGUUUCGUAUUAUUUUGUGGGUGUAAACUCUUUAAGAAAUAUAUAUGUCUCCGAAAACUA